GGAGGGAUUCUCUCUUGACAUUUCCGGUCGUGCAUUACCUCCCGAGGCGGAGGUACGGAAAGGACCUUCCGGGGAUCUGGGACCCUGGAAACCAGAGGAGAUAUAAGACAUGAGCACCAUGGAUCCUGCCGGCGACGGGGGCGGGGGAGGAGGACCCACUUCCGGCCCCGAGCAAAACGUCACCCCGGGAACACCCCCCUGUGGUAAUCCGCCCCCGGGAACCCAGCAACAGCAACAGCAACACCCGCCACCCUCACCCCUCAGCGGAUGUUAUCUACUCGUCGUGCUUCCCGAGCCCCACACCGCACAACACAAGGACCUCAUCCUGAAUCGCCUCGCAAAAGGAUUCCUAUCCUGGGACAAGGACAGCUGCCACGUGGAUUUGGAGAAGGAGCUGCAGGCUCUGAUCGCGCAGGCGCCCGAGGGAGAAGAGGCCAGAAAUGGCGAACGUCUCAUCCAGUACGCAACGGAGAACCUCGUCACGGAAGUUCUGAUCCACCCUCAGACGAAUACUCUUCUGCAAUGUAUACGCAAUCUUCUCGCAAGCUUCACGAAGCACCGACACAUCAUCCACGCUGGAUACACAUUCAGUGGCAAUGGUUCCUGGAUACUGCAGGAUGGAACCUUUAGUCUCGCGGACUUCCUGGAUGCGUUCAGCGAGCACGAGGUGCAACGAGUACUUCGAGCUUACGAGAACAGCGUGACAGUGGACAUCCAUUGCGCGGGAGUUGGUGACUGGACGACCAAUCGCCUGUCGAAGGAGGCAUGCACCAGAUCCUGCAGAGUCAGGGUGAACCCCGACGACGUCCUGACGGCAGGAGUGCCGGCGAUCACGAGUUUCACGACCUACGUCGGGCAGUACCUGGUUGCCCAGACCUUGGAUCAGCUGAUGGAGCCUUCCGACGUGGUCGGCAACAUCCGCUUCAGCCAUCCGACCCUCUACGUCUUCCCGGGUGGACAGGGAGACGCGGCCCUCUUCGGCAUCAACGGCUUCAACAUGCUCGUGGACGGCGGAUUCGCCAGAAAGGCCUGCUUCUGGGACUUCGUCAGACACUUGGACAGACUCGACGCGGUGCUGGUCACCCGGAUAAACAAUAGCAACAUCGGCGGCAUGUCCAGUGUCCUGAGAAAAAAGAAGGAGAUGCACGUCUACCCCCAGAUCGGGCACUUCUUCUGCAACCUAGUGGAGAGAAGACAAGCCACCUCGCCUGACGGCGACAAGGACAUCGACCCUCUGAUCCUGAACCUGACGGACAUCGGCCAGGAGAUGAUGGUCAACCUGCGACACAUAAGCCUACGGGCCCACCCUUGUUAUAGGGACCCCGAGCCGAUCAACCUAUACCACAAAGUGGGGCACGGCACCCUGGACAUGUACGUCCUGAGCCCCAACAAGGACAGCAGGGAAGUCAGGGAGUUCCUGGCGAAAUGGCAAGCUUCGGACUCGAAGCUGUUCGCGGGCUCCCACAGGAAGGACUCGAACGUGGUGACGUUCCCGAUCCAGAACCUGGUGUCGAUCUGCGCUCUGCUCGUGUGGCAACCGGCGAACCCCGAAGACACGAUCACGAGGAUCCUGUUCCCAGGAAGUACUCCCCAGAGUAAGAUCUUCGAGGGCUUCGAGCGCCUAAAGCAUCUGGACCUGCUGAAGCACCCGGUCUGCUCGGCGAAGAGCCUCUCGCCAUCGACGUCCCUGAUGACCCUGAAGGAGAAGAGCACGAAGCAGAAGCUAGGGAUCAUCGAGAAGGAGUCGAAGAAAAUCGAGCCGAAGAAGGAGAAGAAGGAGCACGAGAAGCCGACGAAAGUGGAGGAUACUCCCCCGAAAUCGACCCCACCAGCUACGACGACCCCGGUCAUCCCGACCUCCAAGCCCCAACAAACGGCCAAGGUGGACCUGAAGACGAAGAAGGUGGCCGACAAUAAGAAGAUCGAGACCGAGGCGAAGGAGAGCAAGAAGAUAGAGAAGGAGCUCAAGGAGAUCAAGGAGAAGAAAGAAGCGAAGAAGGACGCCGUCAAGGUGGAGAAGCCCGAAAAAGAGGAGGUGAAGAAGUCCGAAGCGAGCAAGGUCGACCUAGAAAAGACUGCCCCGAGUAAGGAAGCCAAGCCCACGAAGCCGGAGCCGAAGAAGAAGUUCGAGACGAAGGAGACAAAGCCCCCGGCGAAGGUCUCCAAGGUGGAGGCGCCCUCGAAGGCGAUCUCGAAGAGCCAGGAAAAGAAGGCAAAGCCGGCCGAAAAGAAGGAGAUCGUCAAGUCCUCGCCGACGACCCCGAAGAAGACGCUGAACGGCGCGGCCACGAAGACGGAGAUCUCGAAGACGGUGAAAUCCGCUCCGACGACGAAGUCCAUUACAAAAUCCACCACUAUUCCUCCUGCCAAGAGCGCAAAGGAUGCGAACAAUCGCAAGGUGGUCGAACAGAAGAAUAUCGAGAUGUCGACGGCGACCACGGCGAAGGUGCCGAAGCCAAAGCCAGCGGAAAGGAAGCCGAUCAGUCGCAGGACGAAGCCGGUGAGUCCUAGCAAGCCGAGGUUGCCCGGAAGUCCGUCAAAAUCCACGAGGAGCACGCCAACGACGUCGGUAAAAUCCGACAAGGACGGCGUCAUCAGGAAAGUCAAAGGAGAGAGAGGAACGGCGGACUCUUCCACGGUAUCGACCCCAUCGGCGAUAGAACCCGAAACUGCAGUGAAGUUGUCCGAGAAGAGCCUGACAGAGAAGUCGGAGGACCUCUCCCUAGACUCGAUAGAGAGCAAGGUCCUGGCGGAUUUGAAGGAGGAGCGAGAAGUGGUCGAAGAGAUCGAGGCGGUUCUGAACAAGGCGGAGAGGAUAGAGGGGACAAGGAAGGACCACCUUGAGGGCGAGGAUGAAACCACCGGUGAGGCCACCGACAGAAAAGAGGAGGACGCGACCGAGGAGGACGUGACCGCGGAAAUCGAGGAUGCGCCGAAGAAGGACGACUUCCGAAAGGAGAGCCAGGAGCUGACGGAAGAGGAGGAGUACUUGAUCGUGGAGAAGGAGGAGGUGUAUACGGAGGACUCCGCUCUGAGUGGAGACAGCGAGCAGAAGCACGUCCUGGACAAGGCGGAGUCGGAAAAGGCGAAGGCCCCAGAGGACGAGAAGGACCUCGCCAAGGAGGAGGAAAAGGAGGAGGUGGAGGAAAAGGAGAAGGACGAGAUUCCCGAGAAGAAACUGGAGCUGCUGGAUCGCGAGGACGCCGGGAAGAGGUCGGUGGACCUGACCCCGGAACACAAGGAACAGCUGGACGAGGAGAUGAAAGGCAUCAUCGCCUCGGCCACCGAGGUGGUCCAGAAACAGGAGGAGAAGGACGACGGGUCCUCCGGGAAGAAGGACAGCGAGGACGCGACCAAGGAGCCCUCCAGCUUGAGUCCCGACAAGCUGGACUCCUCCGAGAAGAAGACGACUGAUACGGACGCCAAGCCGGAGGUUGACCAGAAGGACCAUCCCCAAGAAAAAAUGGAGGAGUCCCAGGAAAGAAUCUCUACCUUGGAAUCCGGAGCCACGACCACGGCUCCGACGCUUCCCGAGGACGAGAGGAUCCCCUUGGACGAGAUCAAGGAGGACCUCGACGAGAAGCACGCGAAGGAGGAGGUCAAAGAGAAGGACGUGCCCAAGGCCAAGCCGGUCGUUCCCCAGACGGUGCCGAUCACGCCCAAACCUGAGGUUAAGGUCUUCGACGUGCGACCCGGAGUCCAGGUUCUUCAGCGCGAGAUCGUGAAGACCCCGGACGAGGUGGCCGAUCUGCCGGUCCACGAAGAGGUGGAUCCGAAACUGUAUCAGAUGGGAGAGUACGAGAAGGAUAAGGAGGAGAAGGUGGUCCACGAGGCGAAGGAGAUCCCGACACUUCCCGUCAAGGAGAGUCCUUCCCCUCUCGCGGAACCUGCGACAACUUUAACGAAGGAACCACCCGCACCACCUGCGAAGGAACCACCUGCACCACCUGCGAAGGAACCACCUGCACCACUUGCGAAGGAACUACCUGCGCCACUUGCGAAGGAACCACCUACUCCUACUGCGAAGGAACCACCAACACCUACGGCAAAGGAACCACCUACACCUACCGCAAAACAACCACCUACACCUACCGCAAAGGAACCACCUACACCUACCGCAAAGGAACCACCUACACCUACUGCGAAGGAACCACCGACACCCACCGCAAAAGAGCAGAAAGGCGUCUUCGGGUUCUUCGGCAAGGUCGCCGACAAGUUCGAGAAGGGAAUCGACAAACUCACCGGUAAAUCCAAGAAGGACGUCGAUAAGGACGCCGACGACAAGUCCUCUUCAAAGUCCAGCUCUCCCAAGGAGCCCAAGCCACAGGAGAAGGCUGUCCUAGAAGAGGUCGACGUCGACAAGAUGUUCCCAAAAGUGGGGAAGGUCAGCGAGAAGGCGGAAACCUUCGAGCAGGUCGAACCGAAAGUGACCGAGGUCAAGGUGGCUGCCAUUAAGGACACGGCAGCGUUUAUCCACGAGGAGAUCAAGGAUACCAAGAGAAUUAGCAUCCCCGACGUGGAGCCGAAAAUCAUCGACGAUCGUCGCGGUGGUGGCGAGGAGGUCGAGGAUGCCCAACUCGAAGAAGAGCUCCCCGUGAGGACGGAGCCUUAUACCGUCCCAGGACAAGUGUACAAGGACGAAGAGGCCAUCGAGGACGCGGAGGACGUGGAGGCAUUGCUGGAAGAGGCCUCGAGGAAGUUCAAGACCGUCAAGGACAGCCUGAGGGACUCCUUGGAGUCCUUGGAGGAGAGGAUCGAGGAGGAACAGCUGGCAAAACUUGACGAAGUUGCUCCCGUUAAGGAUACCGUCAAGGAUACCCUUACCGGAGUAGCCGAGAGGCUGGAGGAGAUCAAGGACACGAAGGAGCCGGAGAAGGUGACGUUCGACAUCCCCAAGGUAGAGGACGAGGAGGACCUCGAAGAAUACACGGGUCCUAUAAGGGACGUCAAGGAAGCGGUUCGCGACGUCGGUGAGGUCCUUGCUGGCACCGCAGGGAUAGAACUCGACGAGAAACCCAAGGACGUUAUUGAGAUCGUCAAGAAGGUUGCCGAGGUCCUGAAGGAAGACGACUUUCUCCUGGAUAAACUGCCUCGAGCGGAGGAGAAAAAGGAAGUGGAGAAACCUUCACUCGAAGAUCAACCGAAAGAGGAAGGUAAGUUACUCGAAGAAAAGGUCGAGGAGCCCGAGAUCAAGCCGAAGGUAGGUCUCGAGGAGAUCGUCAUCCCGAAGAAGGUCGGCGUCACGGAAGAACUGCCUCCCCAGGAAGAGAUCGAAGAGAUGCUGACUACGGAACCGUCCAAAGAACUCGUUCCCUUCGAAAAGGCGGAUGGCGUCGAGGUUCACGAAGAGCCCUGCGUUAAGGUCGUCAAGGAUAAAGAGAUCGAAAAAAUUUCACCGAUCAAGGAGAAGGUGGACCUGGAAGGACCUAAGGAAAUUUGCGACGACAUCCUGAAGGACGAGCCAGUUUGCAGAGCCAAGCGAAGCCUUGCCCCAGAGGAUGCCGAAGAAGAUGCCAAAGAGGACGCUGGAAAGGUGGACGUGAUGGACGCGGGCCUGGAAAAGGUGUGCACGAAGAAGGAGGCGAUCUCUCCCAGGAUCAGCGACGAGGAAAAGGAAGAGGGAGAAAUAGAAGAACCCGAAAUCGUCCUUGAGCAAAAGCUCUCUCCGGGCAAGGCCGAACUCGUCACCGUGACUCCAGGGUCUACCCCGACCUCGCCCAAAUUUACAUCGGAAAAACUUCCCGAAGUGGACCUUGAAGAAUCCAUGAUCCAGAAAGCCUCCAGCUUCUCGCCCGAAGUGGCAAACAUCCUAAACACUGUAGGAACUGUGGAGGAGGUCGUGGAAAAAUUGGUGACAUUGAAGAGUUCUCGCAUCACAGUGGAGAUAAUCGAGUACAUCGUGAUCGUUCGUCGAGUCUCCAGGGAGCAAGUAAUUCACAUAAUCGAAGAAAUAAUCCUGAAGAAGGGCAUCCCUCGCGAGAGCAUCGUGGACGAUGUCGACAUCCUAAAGAUAGAGGAGCCGAUCUCUCCGCAGAAGAGAGCGGAGGUCGAGGAGUACGUCGUGAACAAUUUUAUCAACAGAGGGAAGCGAAUCACUUUUGACCUCCUGGAGGAGAUCUCGCUCCUGAAAAUUGUUCCCAGAUCCGCGGUCCUGCUUAUCAUCGAGGACAUGAUCCUGAAGAGAAAGAUCUCCAGAGAGUCCCUCUUGGAUCUCGAAGAGGAGGCGAAGCCCGAAGAGGUCCAAAAGGUGAAAGAAGUGGAGUUCUUCGACAGGAAAGAGUCGAUCGGAGAACAGGUCCCGAGUAAAGUUUCAGGUCCGCGAGAGUCUCCCGAAGAGACAAUCGAGGUCAAGGACGAGCCCCAGGACGAGGCCCCGAGGCUCGAGGACUUUAGGCACGUGAACGGUAAGGAUGUCGAGGAGGAGAGUCUGAUUGACGGAUUCGUUAGUAUUCCAUCCAAGGACACGGUGAACGCCUUCUUGCAGGAAAAGAGGAGGCUUUCCGUUGAAGCUUUGCAAGAGGGGGCCAAAAAGUUGUCACCGACCCCGAAGGACGAAAAGGUCCACCCCGAGGUGACGGAGGUCGCGGUCGCCGACGACUUCGAGGCAGUCGAGCAGGAAUACAAGGUAGGGGAUGUAACCGCGACUGCGAGCCCCGGAGUGGCUGCAGAUGUCGAGAAAAAGGCUGAGGAAGUCCCUGAAGAGGACCUCGAAGUUGACGUCAGCGUCGAGGCCGAGGAGAAAUUCGUGAAAGAAAUUGCGGGCAAGCCCGAGGAGGCCAAAAAGGUACCGAGUCCCGAUGCCAAGGAAGAGGACAAAUUCGAAGAGGAUGCCGAAGGUAAGACGACGACCUCGGAGGUGUCCGAGGUCCUCGACGCCACGGAGAAGUACUUGGACGAGGCCAAGGAGAAGGUCGUCGACAUCAAGGAGGAAGUAAAAUCGUUGAUAUCAGGAUUAGAGGGUCCUGUGACCGAGGCGAAGGAUGAGGUCAAGGAAGCGAUAGAGGAAGCUCAAGAGAGACUCGGUGCAGUAUUGGAUAAGGUCGUGGGCACCGUGGUGGAACCUCUCCUCGGAAAACGCGAAUCCAUAUCCGAGGACUUGAAGAUUAAGGAUGAAGAGGGGAGGGAGGAACUGGAAAAGAAAAUCGAUGAGAUAUCAGAGGACGAGUCCAGGGAUAGGAUCAGUGACUCCGAAGAGAAGAUCAAGGACGACGCGAAGGAGAAGGUCGAAGUUGCCGAGGACCUCGUUGAAGACGAGGCCAAGGAGAAGGUGGCGAUCGCCGAGGAAAAGAAGGAGAAAGUCCCCGAAAUUCCUGUUCCCGAGGAGAAGGAAGAAGUAAAAGAACAUCUCGAAGAGAAACCUGCAGCUCCGAAGGAGGAGAUUAAACCCAUUGACGUGGAAGCCCUGGUACCGGAAAAGGAGGAAAAGCCAACAAAGGACGAAAAGGACAAACCUACAAUUUCACCCGAGCCUAAAGUAGUCGAAGACGUAAAACCAGGUGACGAUCAGAAGGUCGAGGUUCCUCAAGUUCUCGAAAAAACUGAAGUGACUCCUCAGGUGGCCGCGGCACCUGUUCCUAUUUCACCUGAAACGAAGCUGGCUGAUGCUACGGGUCGUACAGGAGGAUUACCCGAAGAAGAGAUGAUAAAGGAGAAGGCGGCACCGAAGACCGAAGAAAAGCCGGAGCCCAAAGAGACGGCAGAGCCAAAAGUGGAGGACAAACCCGAAGCCAAACCCGAAGAAUCUACAGAUAAGGCUCCCCAAAAGGAUCUCGAGCCAACGGUCCCUAAAGAGGAUAAAGUAGAAGAUGAUAAAAUUGAUAAGCCCGAUAAGGACGACGGGGUUGUUCGCCGGAUGCUGGUGACAGCGACCAGCGAAGAUGGCGGCCAGGAAACCGAGAUCUGCACGAGUGGGUCGAUCACGUUUACAAAGUCUGUCACCCCUGAAGACUCCCUCAAGGAGGUGUCCGUCAAGUCCACUCCAGAACGCGAUUCCUUGAUACUGGAUAAGGAUUCGCUGCACUCUGGACGCAGCACCCCCGAAAAAGACAGCAUCUCCGAGAAGUCCUUGCCGGGAGCCAAGGAUGUCGGCAAGAUCAGCCCCGAAGACAGCCUCGAUAAAUCGCCAAUCGACCGGCGAGACUCGCCGGACCUUGAAGACAGCCUAGAAAAGCCUGAAAAAGAUAAGGAACCCCAGGAGCAAGAAAGGAGACCCUCUGAAAAAUCCGCCGAUGUGUCCCUCGAGGACAGCAAAUCCCUAGAAAAGCCUAUCGAAAAGGAGGAGAAGGCUGAAGGGAAAAUCCUGGAAGCGAAGAAGGACGAGACUGCGGAUAAAUCUCUCGACAAGGAGCCCGAGAAGCCAGAGGUCCUGGAAAUCUCGAAAACUGCGGAAGCGGAAAAAAUCGACAAGGAAAAAUCGCCAGUCAAGGAGAAAAUUGAGGAAGCGAAGACCCUGAAGACUCCAGAAUCCGCUCGCUCGGAAGACGCGUCUCCGACCGAGACAAUUUUCGCUAAAUCGCCGACUGAGAAGUUGGAAUUUUAUUCACCGACUGGGGAGCAAGAAGUGGUAGAAAAAUCUCUGCCGAAAGAAAGUGUCGCCGACUUGUCGAAAUUGCCGAUUGCUGAAAAGAAGGAGGCGAAGCCCGACGAAGCUAAAGCCGACAUCGCUGAUUCCAAAGCCGAAGAGAAGAAAGUCUCCCCCAUCAAGGAAGAAAAAACCGAAGUCGUUCCCGAAGUUACUGAAAAACCAAUUUUAUCCGAAGUGAUAAAAGAAGACACUUCUCCGAAGGAGGCAAUAAGUGCCAAAGAAUCCCCAGAAGCCAAACUACCGGAAGAGGUUGUCGAAGAAAAGGAGAAAUCCAGAUCGCCUAGCAUCAUCAGCGAAGCGGCAGAAAAGGAAGUUGAUAAAUCCAGAUCCCCGAGUAUUAUCAGCGAUAAGGAUACUAAAGAACCAAUCGACGGAGCAAAAUCCCCGACUAUCAGCGUGGAGAAGGCAGAAGGUGUUAUCCCAGAUGAGAAAGUUCCUGACAAAUCAAGAUCGCCAAGUAUUGCUGGUGAUAAACUCGAUGGAAGCAAAUCGCCCAGUAUCGCUGGUGACCAGGUAGAUGACAAGGAAUCAGUAAAAUCAGCGGCUUCCAGCAUCGUCAGCGAAAAAGCAGAUGAGAAGGAAGAAAUUGCUAGGUCAAAAUCCCCAAGCAUUGCUGGUGAUAAACCUGAAGAUAAAGAAUUGGACGUGAAGUCUCGCGCGUCAAGCAUUGUCAGUGACAAAGGCGCCGAGAAAGAGCCAGUUGACAGAUCGAAGUCGCCAAGCAUUGCUGGUGAUAAACCCGAAGAGAAGGAACAUAUUGACAGGUCAAAAUCGCCAAGCAUUGCUGGUGAUAAAUCCGAAGAUAAAGAACUGGACGUAAAGUCUCGCGCGUCAAGCAUUGUCAGUGACAAAGGCGCCGAGAAAGAGCCAGUUGACAGAUCGAAGUCGCCAAGCAUUGCUGGUGAUAAACCCGAAGAGAAGGAACAAAUUGACAGAUCGAAGUCACCGAGCAUUGCUGGUGAUAAACCGGAAGAGAAAGAACCAAUUGACGGAUCAAAAUCACCAAGCAUUGCUGGUGACAAACCCGAAGACAAAGAUCUAGCAGUCCGAUCUCGAGCAUCCAGCGUCGUAAGCGAUAAACUGGAAACUAAGGAACCAGCCGAUAGGUCGAAGUCCCCAAGCAUUGCUGGCGACAAGGCGGAGGAUAAGGAAUCAAUCGAUAGGUCAAAGUCACCGAGUAUCGCCGACGACAAACCCGACGAUAAGGAACCAAUCGGUAGGUCCAAAUCACCGAGCAUUACCAGCGAGAAAGCCGACGAAAAGGAACCACUCGACGGGUCAAAGUCCCCGGAUAUUGCCGGGGAUAAACCAGAAGAUAAAGAACCUAUUUCAAAAUCACGAGCUUCGAGUAUAGUAAGUGACAAGGUAGAAGACAAGGAGCCAAUCGAUAGAUCGAAGUCUCCAAGCAUCGCUGGCGAUAAAGUCGAGGAUAAAGAAAUUAUCAGAUCACGAACAUCCAGCAUUGUAAGCGAUAAACCAGAAGAAAAAGAGCCAACCGAUACCCUGAAAUCGCCAACCAUCGCUGGUGAAAAAAUCGAUGAUAAGGAACAGAUCGACAGGUCGAAGUCACCGAGCAUUGCGGGGGAUGUACCCGAAGACAAGGAAUCAAUCGACAAAUCGAGAUCACCGAGCAUCAUCAGUAAACCAGAAGAGAAGGAGCCCAUCGUUCCCGUACGGCCGUCCAGCAUCAUCAGCGAUAAGGAUGAUAAACCCGAAGAACCUGAGCGAUCAAAGUCGCCUAGCAUUGCCAGUGAUAAGGCCGAAGAUAAGGAAUCGGUCACCAAAUCGAGACAACCCAGUAUCAUCAGUGAUAAAGGGGACGAAAAGGAGUUGGAUCGAUCGAAGUCUCCCAGCAUUGCUGAAGACAAGUCCGAGGCUAAGGAAGCCAGGUCUCCAAGCAUUGCUGGUGAUAAACCCGAAGACCAAGAGUCAGUAAUUAAAUCCAGAGCGUCUAGCGUCGUCAGUGAAAAAGCUGAAGAAAAGGAAGGAGUCGAUGGAUCGAAAUCACCGAGCAUUGUUGGUGAUAAACCAGUCGAAAUAAAAUCUCCAGCAUCCAGCGUGGGCAGUGAUAAAGCCGACGAUAAGGACGCUGCAAAGGUGUCGGAGCCACCAAGCAUUGUCGAUGAAAAAAUUGCUGAGCCAAUUUCCAAAUCCCGAUCACCGAGCAUCGUGAGUGACAAACCGGAAGAGAAGGAACCCGCGACAGGUGAAAAAUCACCAAGUAUUGCUGAUGAUAAACUCCAGGAGCCCGAAAUUAUCGAGAAGUCAAGAUCGCCGAGUGUCCAUAGCGAAAAGGCAGCGGAGACAGUAGACAAGGCCAGAUCUCCAAGCAUCGUCAGUGAUAAGGAAUCUCCUGAUAAAUCUCUGGAUAAAAUAAGCCCUACCGGUACCGUUGCCGAAGAGGCAGAAAAAUCACCUGACAAAUCCGUUCCCGAUAAGACCAGCGACGUGUCGGAAGAUAAAUCCCGUUCUCCAAGUAUCGCUGGCGAUAAAAUUACUGAAACCGAGGUGGUUGAAAAAUCACCAGAUAAAUCUCGCUCAGCCAGUAUCGUCAGCGAUAAAGUAGAGGAGAAAGGGUUGAAGAGUCCCGAGCAAUUGUCAAAGUCGCCAAGUGUGACUAGCGAAAAAGGAUCCAUUGAAAAAUCAGCGGACAUUUCGAAAUCACCGAGUAUAGUGAGCGACGUCAUCGAUGACGAUGCUUCGCGAGUACAGAAAUCGAUAGCCGAAGAUAUCGAUGCCAAAGGUCUCCUUGAAAAACCUGAAGACAGAUCGAGGGCCUCCAGUGUUGCUAGCGAUAAAGUGGAAGAGAAGGAAUCAGCGAAAUCAUCGAAAGCUCCAAGCGUUGCCGGAGAUAGAAUCGAUGACAAGGAGGAGAGUGCCAAGAGUGAUAAACCCGAUGACAGUAAAUCUCCCGAUAAGGAGUUGACCGUCAAAUCCAGAUCAGCGAGCAUCGUCAGUGAUAAACCUGUCUCUCCAGUUCCUAGUGAUAAAGUUGAUGAUAAGGAAUCUGCGGAAAAGUCAAGGUCUCCCAGCAUUAUCAGCGACAAGGCGGAAGAAAAACCGGACAUGUCGAAGUCCCCAAGUAUAGUCAGCGACAAGCUCGUCUCUCCUGUCCCUAGUGAUAAAGCCGAUGAUAAGGAAUCUGCGGAAAAAUCAAAGUCACCUAGCAUUAGCAGCGACAAACCAAUUUCUCCAGUCCCUAGCGAGAAAGCAGACGAUAAGGAACCUGCGGAAAAAUCAAGGUCACCUAGUAUUAUCAGUGACAAACCAAUUUCUCCAGUCCCUAGCGAGAAAGCAGACGAUAAGGAACCUGCGGAAAAAUCAAGGUCACCUAGUAUUAUCAGCGACAAACCAAUUUCUCCAGUCCCUAGCGAGAAAGCAGACGAUAAGGAACCUACAGAAAAAUCAAGGUCACCUAGUAUUAUCAGCGACAAACCAAUUUCUCCAGUCCCUAGCGAGAAGGCAGACGAUAAGGAACCUGCGGAAAAAUCAAGAUCACCGAGCAUUAUCAGCGACAAACCUGUUUCUCCAGUUCCUAGCGAGAAAGCUGACGACAAAGAGUUAGCAUUAAAAUCGAGGUCUCCUAGUAUCAUAAGCGAGAAACCCGUAUCGCCAGUUCCUAGCGAGAAAAUUGAUGAUAAGGAACCGGCAGUGCACUCAAGGUCUCCCAGCAUUAUCAGUGAUAAAGCCGAAGAAAAACCGGAUGGGUCGAAAUCCCCAAGCAUCGCCAGCGAUAAGCCCGUAUCUCCAGUUCCUAGCGAGAAAGCUGACGAUAAGGAGCCAGCAACAAAAUCAAGAUCAGUUAGCAUUAUCAGCGACAAACCCAUUUCUCCGGUUCCUAGUGAAAAAGUUGAUGAUAAGGAAUCGGCAGUGCAGUCAAGGUCUCCCAGCAUUAUCAGUGAUAAAGCCGAAGAAAAACAGGAUGGGUCAAAAUCCCCGAGCAUCGCCAGCGAUAAGCCCGUAUCUCCAAUUCCUAGCGAGAAAGCUGAUGAUAAGGAGCCAGCACCAAAAUCAAGAUCACCUAGCAUUAUCAGCGACAAACCCAUUUCUCCGGAUCCUAGUGAAAAAGUUGAUGAUAAGGAACCGGCAGUACGGUCAAGGUCUCCCAGCAUUAUCAGUGAUAAAGCCGAAGAAAAACCGGAUCGGUCGAAAUCCCCGAGCAUCGCCAGCGAUAAGCCCGUAUCUCCAGUUCCUAGCGAGAAAGCUGACGAUAAGGAGCCAGGAACAAAAUCAAGAUCAGCUAGUAUUAUCAGUGACAAACCCGUUUCUCCGGUUCCUAGCGAAAAAGCCGACGAUAAGGAACCCGCGACAAAGUCAAGGUCUCCGAGUAUUAUCAGUGACAAAUUGGAAGACAAGGAACAAGUGGACAGAUCAAAAUCCCCGAGCAUAGCCAGCGAUAAACCUGUAUCUCCAGUUUCCAGUGAGAAGGCCGAUGAUAAGGAAGCUGCGAUAAAAUCAAGGUCGGCUAGUAUCGUUAGUGAUAAAAUUGAAGAAAAAGAACAAGUGGAUACGUCAAAAUCCCCGAGCAUUGCUGGUGAUAAAGUCGAGGACAAAGAGUCCAUCGCGAAGUCUUCAACGCCCAGUAUCGUCAGUGAUAAAUCAGAAGAGAAGGAGCAAACUGAUAAGGCAAAAUCACCGAGCAUUGCUGGUGAUAAGCUUGAAGAACACAUUGAGGAAUCGAGAUCAAGGUCGGCGAGCGUUGUGAGUGGAAAGGGUUCCAUCAGUCCCCCGAAGCCUGAAUCCAGAUCACCCAGCAUAGUCGAUGAUAAGACGGAGGCGAAGGAACAGGUCGACGGAACGAAAUCUCCGAUUUCUGAAGAUAAAGACGAUAAGGUCACUGAUAAAUCCCGAUCGGCAAGCAUCGUCAGUGAAAAAGCGCCGGAAAUCGAGACAGCUCGCGAAUCUCGGUCUCCCAGCAUCGCUGCUGAUAAACCUGCCGACAAAGAAGCCGCAAGGUCCAGAUCAUCGAGCAUCAUUAGUGACAAAGAAGCAGAUAAAUCCGCUGAUAAACCUAAGUCGCCUGCCGAGCAGGACUCGGCUCCAAAAUCGGAGGCGAAAUCCUCUCCCGAGGUCGCCGAUAAAACCGAAAAGACUGUCCAACCUCCUUCCGAGCUAAUCUGUGAUAAAAAGAAGUCGAUCAGCGAAGAUAAGAUAGAAAUCGACGGAGAGAAGAAAGCAAGUCCGAAACUGGAUGAACCGAAGUCGUCCGUCCUCUCCAAUGGCGAAACCGACCACGUAACCGCGGUCGAGGACGAAAAGGACGAAGUUUCUUCAAGUGCGACCAAGUCCAAGUCCCCGGAAGAAGUUCCUCAGGCCAAGUCUUCGGCAACCGAAGCGGAAAAGGAUAAGCGCAAGGACUCGACGGCAGAGGUCGAGGACGACAGGACCCCGAAAGAUGGCCGAUCUCGAUCGCACAGUCUUUUCGACACUGGCGAAAAAACACCUCUAGGACGAUCCAGAGCUGCGAGUUUGUUCGAGGAUAAAGUCCCUGAGAAACUGGCUCUCCUGGAAGGUGUCAAGGAUGUCUUCGACAGGAGCAUCGCUGAUAAAAUUCUAGAAGAAAAAGACGAGUCCAGGUCCCAAGCUGGGUCUAGAAAGGUGAGUCUCCAUGAAGAAGAGUCAGUUCGCAAGGACUCCGUCUCUUCGAGAAGAGCCAGCGAAGUGGUCCCCAAGGAUGCGGACUCCAGGAAGAGUUCCAUCAGUUCCCAAGCCAAAAAAGAGCCCGAAGUCACGUCCGCCAGACGGGAGGAGAUCGAGAAGUACAUAAUCGACGAGUUCCUGAUGAAGAAGAAGAAGAUCACCAUCAAGCUGCUCGAAGAUAUCCUGACGAAGAUGGGGGUGAGCAAGUGGAUCAUCGUGGAGAUCAUCGAGAAGAUCAUCGUGACCAGAAAGAUCCCACGAGAGUCGAUCAUCGAGGACGAGUCCGUGAUGCAGGUGGAAGAUGCUGAAGAGGAACCCGAAGACGACCUGAAAGACGAGGAAACGAUUGAAAAGGACUCCGUCGUUACUUCCCGAAGAGGCAGCGAGGUCCUCAAGGACUCAAGCUCCAGAAGAAGCUCCAUCGGCUCCCAAGCGGAGGAGGUGGAAAAAUACAUAGUCGAGGAGUUCCUCACGAAGAAGAGGAAAAUCUCCAUGGAGCUGCUCGAGGAGAUCCUGACGAAGAUGGGAGUGAGCAAGACGGUGAUUAUCCAGAUCAUCCAGAGGAUCAUUCUGACGAGGAAAAUCCCGCGAGAGGCAAUCCUCGAGGACGAGUCAUUAAUCUUGGCGGCAGAAAUCGAGAAGAAAAUUGCCGAGGCCGCCGCCACCAGAACCCCCGAUCCUAGUCCAGAUUCUGGAACGCCAGGAUCGGAGAAAUCCACCAGAGGAAGUCCCGAACGUCCCGAGCCCAGGAUCGAGGAGGAAGUGUCGAUCAGCGAGGUUCAGCGCUCGGAGAUCGAGAAGUUCAUCGUCGAGGAAUAUUUUGCGAAGUCACGAAGGAUCACCGAGGAGGUCCUGGACGAGAUCGUGAAAGUGAAGUCGCUCCCACGGUACAUCAUCGUGGAGAUCAUCGUGGAGACGAUGGCGAAGAGAGCCCACAGGCCGUCCAUGGUGGACGAGAGCAUCCUGAGGCCCGAAGACCACGAGGACUACUUCAGCGAGGCCUUUGGCAAGUCGGUCGACGACAAGUUCCAGGACGUAACAGGAAAAUCCACCCCGGAGAUAUCCUCCGCGAAGGAGCGCACCGUCGACGUGUCCGGGAAAUCCACCCCCGACGCGAAGUCCUCGCUCCUAUCCGAAAGACUUUCCGAUAAAUCAGGAUACUCGUCCCCGGACAUCCGUCAAUUCGACGACUCCUCGAAAAGUAUUCCGGACUACAGGACGGAUUACGAGAGCCAGUUCCACAAGGCGUUCGUCGAGGGGAUGACGGAGAUGAGGACGACGCACAUCACGACGUUGUCCGGGAAGUCGACUCCAGAUUUAGGAAGAGGUGGAACCCCAGAAGUCGCAGGACCACCGGAAACAUCCGAUUCGACGACGACCAUCCAGAAAGGAGCCGAGGACGUCAUCGAGAAGACGAAAACGGAAGAGGAGGAGGACGAGGAAGAGUCCCAGGUGAUCAAGAUCACCAGGAAGCACGUGGUGGUCGAGCAGGAGGAGCCGGAGGUGGUGACGAAGGUGAUCAAACGAGAGGUCCUUGUCGAGGACGACGCUGAAGCAGGGGGACCGGAGACGGUGAAGAGAAUCGUGAGCCUGGAGGGCAUCCCCGAGAUCACGGAGACGGUGACCACGAGGACCACCAGAACGAUCAUUACGGAGGAGGUUUCGGAGCCCAGACCAACGGGGUCCGAAAUAGAGAAGCCAGAACUGAUCACCAGGGUGAUCUCCGGCGAAGGGAUGCCGGAGCUCGCGGAGACCAUCACGAGGACCACGAAGACGGUGGUCUCGGAUGCCGGGCCGGAGUACGUGACCAAGAUCAUCAGCAGAGAGGGCACCCCGGAGAUCGGAAAGUCCGGGGACGUGAAGAGGAUCGUGACGACGGUGACGACGGUGACGGGUCCCGGAGGCGAGGUGAUCACGAAAAAAGACGUCGAAGAGAGUAGCGACGCCCUGGCCAGCGAGGAUCUCCUGGAGAAGCUGAUAGACUCGUCCCAGGUGGAGCGAAUCGCCGGCAAGAUCACUCCAGAGUCAAGGACCUCGGAAGAGAGAUUCGUCAGCGAGACUCCGGAAGGUUUGAAAACAGAGGAGAUCAUUAAGCGCACCGUGACAACGGUGACCUCGACCUCGGGCACCUCGUCCCCGGACGUGAAGACGUACUUCGACUCCGGCAAGUCCACGCCGGAUCCGAAGGACAAGUCCGAGGGUCCGAAGGACUCCGCGGGAAAAAUCGAGAAACCGGAGUCCUCCUCUCCCCAGAUUCGCGAUUUGAUCUCCGACGACAAGAGCUACUCCGGGAAGUCCUCUCCGGACGUGUCCCUACCGAAGGACAUCGUUUUCAGCGGCUCAACGGGUAAAUCCACCCCCGAAGUGCCGAUGUCGCCGCUGAUAAGAGACGGGGCUGCGGUGCAGCCUCACUUAUCGGGGAGGUCCACCCCCGACAGAAAGUCUGAGGGCAGGUCGUCAACGGCCACUCCCGAAGGGUUCCGGUCCGGAGAUGUCAUAAGAACCAUCGUGACCACCACGAGGACCAUCUCUGAGGAGGGAGAGAUUAUCACGACCACGAUGGAGGUAACGGAGGCGACGAACGAGAAGGGGGAGAUCGUGAUCUUGGAAGAGAAGACGGACGUGAAGGUAGACGACAGACUGCCCGGCAAGGAGGCGCAGGAGUCCGUCAUCGAGGGCAUGAAGGCCUCGGAGGAUCCGAAGAGGACCUCCAGUUCCAGUUCCGGCGUCCCUAGCGAAAAGGUGGAACCGACGAGUCCUAGAAGCGACUCCCCCAUGUCCACCGCUUCUCGCUACGAAAGCUCCUCUCAACCAACGUCUUCAGCAAAGGACUCGAAAAAGCCGGUGGAGUUCUCCACGGCAGCCAUGAGCAGCAGCGUCUACGGAGAAUUGCCUCUGGAACCGCCCGAGACGUCCUUCGGGGCGCCCAAGAGCAGCGAGCCCAUCCCCAUCCAGGGCGACUUCUCCUUCAAGAAGUUCACUGUGGAAAAGGAGUUCGCCGGGGGGUACAUCGGCAAGUCGGACCCGAAGAAGUACGUCGACGAGGCCGACCUGGACUUCGACAAGGCCCUGAUGGAGAAGGACGCCAAAGUGGAAGCCGGAGCCGCAGGAGUCACCAAUGGUGGCUUGGGUCAGGGUCUCUCGGCGGACCCGAAGAAGUCUUCGACCGACGCGAAGGACUCGAAGGACUCGAAGAGCGACCCCAAGAAGGAUCCUCUGGACGGCUGGGGAUCUCCUCUGGGUCUGCCCUCUCCGGAACCGCCCAGGAAGUUCAAUCUCCGCAACGCAAACCAGUCCGGCAGCUCCGGGGACUUUACCCCGGACAGCUUGAACUUUGACUUGAACGACUGGGGCGAGCCUCUGCGUCUGCCCUCGCCUGCCCCCCUCGCAAACGAGGUCUCCAACAAGGGCUCACCCGGAACCCCGAAGAAGGAGCGCAAGCAGCCCAAGAGGGUCGUCUCGGAGAAUCUGAAGAACAAGAAGAGGUCCGAAAGCCCCAACAAGAUCGACAAGAAGUCGAAAGACUCGAAGAACAAGGUUCAGCCGGUUUACGUCGACCUGACCUAUGUUCCACAUCACGGGAACUCGUAUUACACCUCGUUGGAGUUCUUCAAGAGGGUCCGUGCAAGGUAUUACGUCUUCAGCGGCACCGAACCCAGUCGGGAGGUCUACGACGCUUUGCUCGAGGCGAAGAAGACCUGGGAGGACAAGGAUUUGGAGGUGACCAUGAUCCCGACCUACGACACGGACACCCUGGGCUACUGGGUCGCGGACAACGAGGAGGCCCUCGCGGCCAACCACAUCGACCUCUCGCCUUCGGCCUCGAGGUGCACGAUCAACCUCCAGGACCACGAGACCAGUUGCAGCGCCUACAGGCUCGAGUUCUAGGGAUUGGCGGCCUGCUCAGCCGUCAUAGUCGAGUUCUGAGCCGCGAACGGACUCCAGCCCAACCCCCGAGAGGACCUUUCGUAGGUCAGGGUCGGUCCCGGCCCGUGGCUCUCUUCGCAUCCGGCGCCGAUU